CCCCCCACCGCUCACCCGCUUCGCUCGUCCCUUCCGUGUGGGGAUGACCUACUUGGCCCGGGAGGAGGAGAGGAACCAAGGGAGCAACCGCCGCCACUGCUCUGCCGGCACCUCCAUCCUCUGCAUUGUGGCCGGUCUUGGAGAUUCUCUAGCACCAGUGAAGCACACCAUCACGCAUGCACAGGCACCUAUAUGCACAGGCAAGGGAGAAGGCCAUGAUCUUGCGCUUGGACUUGGAGUAACGCCUACCAAAGGAUCUGGACAAGAUAGCCAAAGGAAAAGCCUACCACGAGAAGAUACUGAGGUGCUAGAAGAUGAUGAAGCAUGCCCUCAGGUUGAGCUGCCUAUCCAGGCAAGCAUCAGCUGCGCGCUGAACCUAGUCUCUGCACAAACAGGGAGUAUGAAUUCGGAGAUGUGCAGACCAGGGUUUGAUGUGAACGUUGUUCAGGUGGACGGUGGAGCAUCGCUAGUGAGGUCUUUGUCGCCAUCAUUCAUGCAGGUCGAGGUUCCUUGGAUACAUGCAGUCGAUCAAGAAGCUUCAGAGGAUGAGGAGAACGGAGGUGGCAGGGUGAGGAAGAAGCUAAGGCUGUCCAAGAAACAGUCUGCGUUUCUAGAAGAUAGCUUCAAAGAGCACAGCACCCUAACCAUGGAACAGAAGAGCAAUAUAGCCAACCGGCUCAGCCUUCGACCACGCCAAGUUGAGGUCUGGUUCCAAAACAGAAGAGCUAGGACGAAGCUGAAGCAAACCGAAAUGGACUGCGAGUACCUGAAGCGUUCCUGCCAGACGCUGACGCAGGAGAACCGAAGGCUCCAAAGGGAGGUGGCAGAGCUGCGGGCUUUCCGUCCCACAUACCCUCUCUACAACCACCACCUCUAUGGGGCCAGGGCGUGCCCAUCAUGUGAUAAUAAGGCUACAACCUACAACAAUCCUCUCUUUGUCAUUCCCAGUAAUGCCACCGUGCCAUCUCCGAGACCGAGUGCCUCGCCGCCAUCGGCGAUGUCUACCUUAUUCGCCAGGCCUCACUUUGGCCCCUUCACCACCGGCCACCCGGUGCUCCGCCGCCAGCCAUCAGCGACCUCGUGAUACGGUGGCUAGCUUGCGCUUGUGCAUCCAUGUUGGCGUGUAAGUUCUGCAGAUAGUUUGUGUAUGUACAUAGAAAGAAAAGAACCAUACUUAGCUAGGUAGAUUUGUAUGAAUGUGCAGUGCUCAAGCUAACAAAUUGCAUCAUGUGGUGUCGUGCUCUUGCAUGCAAGCGACCCGAUGUUAGUUUGUGCUAAUUAAACCUCGUAGUUGGUGUGGAAUAUUUGCGGUUGCGUGUGUUGCUGACUUUGUAGAGCUUGGCUUUGUACAAUAUAGGAUGUGAUAUGUGUUGUCAUAAUCCUGGCAUGGCAAGAGUCCUCUUUCCACUUGUGUAGCACUCUGGCAAUGUGCAAUAUACUAGCUUUUGGUGAAA